AUGUCAAUUGGCGCAGAGUGCACGUAUAGCGAAGGAGAUCAUUCUACCUUUGAUUCCGCGAGUCUUGCAAUUCUGGACAAGUUGAACACCAUCGAGGAACUCUUGAGAGCGCCCAGUGCCCGGACCCAGGUUGUCCCAGCUGCCCCCAGUAAUACAGCCGACAGCCCCAGUCGUGGAGUUUUAUCCCGGUUAAAAUCGCUGAAUUCUCCCAGCCUUGAACGAUCCAAGGAUGCUACCCCCUGUCACAUGAACAUUGAAGGAGUCUUGUCGUGGUCUGUCUUCGACGAUGUUAGUCCCAACCUCGACCUGAAAGCCCUCCUCAACUCUAGUAAUGGCGCCACCCAAAACCUGUCAAUCGUCACAGAAUUCGAUGAGCAUUUUGCCGAAGAGGAACUUGUGGCAAGGUUCAUGAACAAUGUCUUCAUUUACAAUCCGGUCUUGGAGGAAGCCAAGAUUCAUCGCUACAUGCGUGACGCCCGCUUCAACGGCAUUGGUUGGGAUGCACAGUCGUGCCUACUGCUCCUGAUAUAUGCUCACGGCUCGAUUGUUGGACCGUUUAAUGGCGGCCACCAACAAGACGCCUCGUCUUUUCGCUCAUCUCCACAGUUUAAGCAGGCCGAGUUAUACUUUUCUGCAGCUCAGAAAAGGAUGGGCCACCUGCUCUGCAGAACAGGUGUGUUGGAAGCGCAAUGUUUCUUUCUGGCAGGAGUAUAUUUGAUGGCAACACUACGUCCAAUGGAGGCAUGGAAAAUGUUUGUCCAGGCCCUCGCCUGCUGCCAAGCAUUCUAUACCGAGAAAGAGUCCCCAGAAGCCGACAGGGAAGGGGAACAGCGUUUGCGGGAAAGUAUCUACUGGACUUGUUUCAAAUCAGAACUCGAACUCCGUCUCGAGCUGAAUGUUUCCGAGACUUCGAUAUGGGAUCUCACAUAUCCUGCCUUCUUUCCCUCUCCUCCCGAGGGUCUCCGAUCUCAAAGGGAAAUAGUGUGGUAUUUUUAUCUUGCCGAAAUUGCCCUUCGACGGCUGGGAAACAGAAUCCUCAACUUCAUCUAUGACAGCAAAGCCACGAGCUCCAUGUCCAACGCAGCCGAGUCUACCGUCGGAUUUGAACAACAGGCGGCAGACUGGAUUCGAUCGCUUCCCCAAGCACUCGACCUCGAAGCGCCCUCGGUGGGGGAGGAGAGUGACUUGCACCAUUCGCUCAAGUUCAUACUGAAAGGCCACCUCCUCGACUGCUACGAAAUGAUGUAUUGGCCCUUUAUCGUCGCGGCGGUAAACUUUGAUACCCCUGAAAGGACUCCCACCAUCUCGACCGAGUCAAUGGACUCGUUUGUGCACAAAGCGCUGGUCGUUUGCGUGGAGCGGAUCGAAAAGAAUGAACAAGGCUUUUUCUAUCGCCAUCAUGGGACCUGGCUGAUGUUACGGUCUUGCACGAGGAGCGCAUUUGUCCUUCUCGCUGCUGCCAGACUCGAAAAACUGACGUUACUAAUGCCAGAUCGCUGGCGAGAGGCUGUGGAAAAGGUAAUUGAAAUGUUGAGAUUCUGGAGACGAGAGAGCAGAGACGUCGAAGACAGAUUACGACUUGUGGAAACGUUGCUUGCAGGUCUGACGUUCAGCGAUCCGCGUGUUCUAUGA